CUUUACCUACUGUUAGUAAAUGAUAUCUGACCCGAAAUUGAACCUUUUCCAACAAUUCGAAUUAUUGAAAUCAAUUGAUUCUUAACAUAAUAUCAUAGCCUUAUGUGACUGGCGGUCUUCCUCUCGCAGUCUAAAAAGGGGGAAAAAGGCACUGUGACAGAGUCACAUUUCAUCUUUCGCACCCGGUUCACAUUAGCACCACUCGGCAAUACCCCACAAAAUCACACCUUAAAACCACGAACUUCGAUCUUAUUACUCAUUCCUCUCUAAAUUCACAAUUUCUCUCCUUCCAGCCCAAACAAGCCAGCCAUGACCAAACUGCUCUUCACUUCCCUACUCCUCCUCUGCGCCACCAUUUCCACGGCGGCAGCAGCGGCAGCACCAGCCAACCCGAGAUCCAGCGCGGCGGCGGCGGCGGCAGCCAGCUUCAUAAAAUCCUCCUGCAGCGCCACAACCUACCCGGCCCUUUGCGUGCAGUCCCUCCUCUCCUACGCGCCCACCAUCCAGCGGAGCCCAAAGCAGCUGGCCCAGGCCGCCCUCGCCGUCAGCCUGUCCCGGGCCCAGUCCACGAGAUCCUACGUCCGGGCCCUGGCCCGGUUCGACGGGCUCAGGCCCAGGGAGAAGGCCGCGAUCCGUGACUGCGUCGAGGAGAUCGGCGACACCGUGGACCGGCUCGGCAAGUCGAUCAGGGAGAUGAAAGCCAUGGGGGAGAAGAGGAGCGGGCCCCGGUUCGAGUGGCACUUCGGCAACGUGGCGACCUGGGUCAGCGCCGCGUUGACCGACGCGAAUACUUGUGUUGACGGGUUCGCCGGGAAGGCGUUGAACGGGAGGAUGAAGAGUGGGAUCAAGGCCCGGUUCACGAAUGCGGCCCAGUUUAUUAGUAAUGCUCUGGCUUUGGUGAACAAGUAUGGCGGUCACUGAAAAACGCGCCGCGGGUUUGGAUCGAUCGUCAGGUCGGUGCGAGGUUUUGGAUCCGGUUUUUCCUUGUGUUGUUAGUUCACUCUCUCUAAUAUGUAACGUAAACAUGGAAUUUUGUGUAGGUUUUUGUGGCCGUUUCAUGUAUAAGAUAUGUACUCUGGUCUUGUGCUCUGUUUAAUACAAUGGUAGUUGGACAUUUUCAGUGUGACAGCAAAGGUCUUUUUGACCUGUAGUCGGUAGAGAACCCAACGAAGCAAGUUCCUUAAUCAGAGGCAGCCAUUGUUUUUUUUUUGGAACCCAAAAUAAAAAAUACUACAUGUUUUGCUAAUGAAGAAUUAACGAGGACCGUCUAAUGGAUCGUGCAGAUCCUGUUUCAAAAUUGAGAUGUUGCCAAUGUUGAUUUUUAACUAUAAUAAAAUUAAAAUGAUUAU